AUGGAUGAUCUUCUAUUCUACUUGGUAAUGAAGCUGGUGAUUGAAAUCACUUGUCCAGAGAACAGCCAUUAUGAAGCCUGCUCUACGGCUUGCCCAGCUAGCUGUCUGGAUUCCACUGCCCCACUUUUCUGCUCGGAGCCCUGCAGAGAGGGCUGCCCUUGUAACAAAGGCUACAUUCUCAGUGGAGGAGCAUGUGUGCCCUUGAGCCGCUGCGGCUGCAUAUUGAACAACCGGUAUUAUGAAGUGGGCAAUAAGGUGAUCCUGACAGAUUCCUGCAGCAAGAAAUGCUCCUGUAGGCAUCCUUCUCACCCCAUGGAGUGCCAAGAGCAUACAUGCAAGGCUCAGGAAACCUGCAGAGUUGUGGAUGGUAUCUGGGGAUGCUCUGCUCAGGAAGUUGGCAGUUCCUGGGUAUUUGGAGAUCCCCAUUAUGUCACCUUUGACGGAGCGGCAUUUGAUUAUGAAGGGACCUGUACAUACACUUUGAGCAAGUCCUGUGGCCUUCGGGGCAAGCUACCAAGCUUUACUGUCAAAGUGAAGAAUGAACAUCGAGGCUCUUUGGCAGCAUCGUGGAUCUACCGGGUGGAGGUAGAGGUCUAUGGGCAGCAGAUUGUUAUGAUGGCAGAUCAGUAUGGCAAAAUACAGGUGAAUGGCCUUCUGGUCAAUCUGCCGUUUGUUCUUCCAGCAGAAAAGCUCUAUGCUUACUACAGUGGCUUUUCCAUCCACGUUCAGACUGAUUUUGGUCUCUCCAUCUCUUAUGACUGGUCAUAUUCUGUGUCAGUGUCUGUUCCCAAGACCUAUUCUGGGUUCCUUUGUGGCCUCAGCGGAGACUUCAAUGGAAAUCAGAGUGACGAUUUCCGAAACCCCAAUGGCAGUCUUGUUCCCGAUCCCAUCGCUUUCAGCAACAGCUGGAAAGAAGCCAGCUCACCUUUCCACUGUACAGUCACUGGGCUUCCACCCUCCUGUGACGAAUCUCAAUACCGGUCUUUGCAUUCCUGCGGCAUCAUCCGUGAUCCAAAUGGGCCGUUUCAACUUUGCAGUGACCCUGCUGUUGCUCAAGUGCACUUUGAGAACUGUGUGAAGGACAUGUGUGUCACCUCUGGAAGCAGCUUAUGCAAAACCCUGGGAACAUACGCUCAGCAGUGCCAAAGCCAUGGAAUUGCCAUUCAGCCCUGGAGGGAGAUGACUGGGUGUGAGUUGUUGUGUCCUGAGAAUAGCUCUUAUGAUCUCUGUGGACCUUCCUGCUCUUCUUCUUGUGCCUCCUUAGCCAUGCCUUCCAGCUGCCAGACUGGUUGUGUUGAAGGGUGUCAUUGCAACCCUGGGUUUGUACAGAGUGGCACGGAGUGUGUGGCCCAAGAGCAAUGUGGCUGCACUUAUGAUGGAAGAUAUUACCUGGCUGAGGAACAUUUCUGGCAGGGACAGGAUUGCUGGAACUUCUGCAGCUGUAACAGCACCAGCCAUGCUGUGGAGUGUGUCAACUCCUCCUGUGGUCCUGGAGAGUUCUGUGGCACCCAGAAAGGCAUUCAUGGCUGUCACAAGCUCUCAAAUGGUCUCUGUCAGGUGUCAGGGUACCUCCACUACACCACAUUUGAUGGGCAGCGUUAUGAAUUUCAGGGGACCUGCAAAUAUGUCUUUGCAGAACUGUGUGGAAGCGCUGCAGGCUUGCCCUUCUUUAGGGUUGAGGUGAAGAAUGAGAAGCUAACCAACCAGCCAUUGCCCGUGACAUCGGAAGUGUUUGUUCAAGUGAAUGCCCAUCAGAUACAUCUGCAGAGAGGCUUCUGGGGGACCAUCAAGAUCAACGGAGCCACUGUGAACCUCCCAGUGAACCUCAAUCAAGGAGAGACCAUCAUUUUUCAGCAUGGAAUAUACAUCACGCUGAAAACAAAAUUCAACCUGAUUGUGAGCUAUGACCUGACGCAGAGCCUCUUUGUUGUCCUUCCUCCCCAAUACAUGGGACAAACCUGUGGGCUCUGUGGAAACUUCAACAGGGUUGCCAGUGAUGAUUUUGUGAUGCCAAAUGGUUCUUUAGGAAAAGAUGUCUUCCAUUUUGCUGCAAGCUGGAAAUUAGGGACUGGCUGUAAGGAUGUCUCUACGGAUUCCUACCCAGUAUGUCUGGAGAAGCAACAGCUCAUUCAGGCAAAAUACAAAUGCUGGAUCAUCCAAAACCCCAAUGGGCCCUUUGCUUCUUGUCACUCUCAGAUUAACCCUGAACCCUAUAUUUAUGAUUGCAUAUUGGACCUCUGCAUCUCUGCAUUGGAUCACAAUGUCCUGUGCCACUCCAUUCAGAACUAUGCAGCAGCCUGCCAAAGAAAAAACUUAAACAUUUCUGCCUGGAGGGGUGAAACUUUCUGCUAUUUUCAGUGCUCAGAACAUAGCCAUUAUGAGCUCUGCAACAACGCUGUGGGCAAAGAAUGCUCUGCCAGUUGGCUUCAGGGUGUCCGAGGCACUGCUUGCUCUGAAGGAUGUUUCUGUGAUGAUGGCUACUAUCAGAGCGGCAGCAAGUGUCUCCGGCUAGAGCAGUGCGGCUGUGAGCGUGACGGACGCUAUUAUGAAGUUGGAGAGCACAUCUGGCUGCCUGGUUGUGCUAAAAAAUGCAAUUGUGACUCCCAUGGCAAUUUUUACUGUUUCCCAGCUCGAUGUAAGAGGGAUCAGUGGUGCACUUUGAAGGGGGGACAGUAUGGCUGCCACAGUCUCUUGACCACCUGCGUCGUCACAGGAGAUCCUCAUUAUUUCACAUUUGAUGGUGCAAGGGUGCACUUCCAGGGUAUCUGCGACUAUGAGGUCUCUCACACUUGCAACUCCUCUCUGGAUUUUUCUUUCCGAGUUGUCAUUGCAAACAGACGCUUCCAGAAUCCCAGAGUUUCCUUUGCUUACCGAGUGGAAAUCUGGUUUUAUACACACCAGUCGAGUGUCCAUAUUCUCCUUGAGCGAGGCAAAGCUGUCCAUGUUAAUGGCAGAAGAACCCAACUACCAGCCCAUGUAGGAUCGAUUGCUCAGAUCUUGAGAUUGAGGAAUAUGCUGACUGUGAGAACCAAAGCUAAUGUUGAAAUCCAGUUCAAUGGGGCUAGUAGUGUGUUCAUACGUGUGGGUCCAGAGUAUCAGAAUCAGCUGUGUGGCAUGUGUGGCAAUUUCAAUGGUGAUGCUACUGAUGAUAAAACUUUGCCCUCUGGAGAGAAAGCUCUGAGUGAUGCACAGUUUGGAAAUGCUUGGAUAUCGAACACCAGCUCAGUACGCUGUAAGAACGACACCGAAGACCUUGUUCCUUGUCCAAAUCAACACAAGUACAAACAAAUGUGUGCAAUCUUAAUUAACAGUUCAGGGCCUUUCUCUGAAUGUCACUGGCACAAUAACCCAGACUUGUAUUAUGAAUCCUGCAUCUAUGACCUGUGUCAGUACGGACUGGGCAAUCGCAUGUUCUGUAUGGCCGUCGAAGCUUAUGACGAGAUGUGCACCAUUAGUGGUGUGAAGGUGAUGAACUGGCGACAUGCAAUAGGAUGCAGCAUCACCUGUCCAGCUAACCAGUACUAUGACUUCUGUGGCCCAGCUUGUCCUGCCACGUGUGCCAAUCUCCAGGCCCCUGCCCUUUGCAAAAAACCCUGUAUCUCAGGCUGCUUCUGCAGGGAAGGCUAUGUUCUGAACGGUGGGGUCUGCAUGCCUCUGAACCUCUGCGGCUGCACACUGAAUGGCCGCUAUUACCAGCGGGGAGAACAAGUGAUCCUGGCGGACACUUGUAAUCAAAGAUGCACCUGUAGGCAGGCUGCUCACCCAAUGGAGUGUCAAGAACAUGCCUGCAAGGCUCAGGAAAUGUGCAAAGUUGUGGAUGACGUACGGGGUUGUUACCCAGUGACAUUUGGCAUGAUGUAUUUAUAUGGCCCUUCAAACUAUAUCACAUUUGAUGGUGUUGCCUUUAGUUUUCAAGGGGCCUGCAAAUACACCCUCAUUUCAUAUUGUGGCCCUCCAGGAAAGCUUGUGGGCUUCAAGCUUCAAGUAUUAAACAUACAUAAAGGCUCCAUCUCAGUGUCCUGGGUAAAGCAGUUGGAACUUGAAAUCUAUGGGAAACAAAUAAUUGUAGCAGAAGGACAGAAUGGCUUAAUAAAGGUGAAUGGCCUUCUAAUGAAUCUGCCUGUCACCCUUGCAAUGGGAAAGCUCUAUGCCUAUGCCACUGCCACCUUCCUCACUAUUGAGACUGAUGUGGGCCUCUCUGUUUCCUAUGACUGGUCUUAUCGUGUGUCAGUUUCAGUUCCUGAAACUUACUCAGGGUCUCUCUGUGGCCUUGGUGGAGAUUUCAACCAGAAUCGCCACAAUGACUUCAGGACUCCCAGUGGUUCUGUAGUUCAGGAUCCAGAGAGUUUUGGCAACAGCUGGAAAGAUUCUGGCUCCCCAUUCCACUGCACAGCUGUUGGGCCUUCUCCAAAUUGCAGUGAAACUGAACUGGCUCAAUACAGAUCUCUGGCUUAUUGUGGACUCAUUCGUGAUAUCAAUGGGCCAUUUAAAGACUGUUUUCACCAAACAGAAGCUCAGUAUUAUGCAGAGGAUUGUGUGAAGAUCCUCUGCACCACCCAGGGCAGCCACAAGAUUCUGUGUGAAGUACUGUUUAGUUAUGCUCAGAGGUGUCAAGCAAACCGCAUCAAGAUUCAGCCAUGGAGAAAGAUUGCUGGGUGUGAGUUAACUUGCCCAGAGAACAGUCAUUAUGUACUUUGUGGAACUCCCUGCCUUGCCUCAUGUACCCAGCCUGAUGGACCUCCAAGCUGCCUCUGGACCUCAUGUGUAGAAGGAUGCCAGUGUGAAGCAGGGUUUGUGCUGAGUGGCACUGACUGUGUGCCACAGGAGCAGUGUGGCUGCAGCUACAAAGGACGAUAUUACUUGAAAGGGGAAAAGUUCUUCCUGGAAGGAGAACAUUGUAAAAAAAUGUAUCACUGUGAUGGCUCCAUCUCUGCCAUUGAAACUGGGGGGUCCUUCUGUGGCCCUGAACAAUUCUGUGGCACUCAGAAGGGAGUGUAUGGCUGCCACACAUUGUCAGAUGGCAUCUGUCGAGUUUCUGGAUUUCUCCACUACACCACCUUUGAUGGACAGCAUUAUAGCUUCCAAGGCGCCUCUAUGUACGUCUUAGUGGAACUGUGCCCGAUGUCCAAGUUUUUACCCUCUUUCAGAGUUGAAGUGAGGAAUGAGAAGACACCUAUCAGCCUUUUCCCUGAGGCAUCAAUGAGUUCGUGA